AUGAAUCAAAACUCUGGUUAGAAAUUUAAACUAUCUAAACUAACUAAUAUCAUGAUGGAAUGUGGAUAAAUAGAUUAUUAUUUAAGAAAACAUGAAAAUCGAAUAGGAAUAAUUCAUGAAGGAAGGGAUUACAUUUUUUUAGAGUACUUAGAAGAUAACGAACUUGAGUUUGAUACAUGCUUUGAACGCAUAUUAGAAGAAGAAGAAGAUGAAGGAGUAAAUCAAGAAGAAAUUUAAGAGGAAAAUGAUGAAGAAAAUGAAGAAGAUUCUAGUGUUGAGGAUAAUCAAUCAAUCAUUGCAUCUCUUAAAGAAUAAAAAUUAUUAUAUUGUUUUUGUGGUAAAGUUCUUUAUGGUUUUCUUUGUUAACAACUUGGUAAGAUUCUUCAAGUUGAUUUAAAAAAACAACAGGAGAAUACUUUCAAGAUUGAAAAUUAAUAUCUAUCAAAUAUGAGUCCUUAAAAGAAUACAGAUUUUUUAGUGCUUCUUUACGUUAACAGUGCAUUUGAAAUAAGAAACACUUAGACUUUAGAUGUUAUCAUCAAAUUAGAAUUGCCAUCCCUCCCAGUUAUUGAGGAUUUACUAAUUUAGAACUCUAUAAUAUUGUUACAAUUUUAUUCAAAGAUUCUAUCGUAUUGCUAAGUAAGACCUACCAAAAUUCAUUAAUUACACAUUUUGAAUGGAGAAUCAUGUAAAAUAUAUUCGAAACUUCUAAUAUUAAAAGAUAAAUAAAAUAGAUAUAAAUUUUAUUAUAAUCUCUCAAAGCCGAAAUUGCUUCGUUAAGUCAAUUUACUAUAUAAUAAUAAAUCAAAAUAUAAAUUUAUUCAAAAAAAAGAAUAGAUAUUUUUAAGAGAAAAAUUUUUAAAAUAUGCAAAGUUUUAUUAUUAUAAAUGGUGGGUUGGAAAUUUUCAACAGAGCAAUUUAAUUAAUAAAUAUUUUGAUGAAAGCAUUACAUCAAGAGAAGCGAAAGAGAAAAUAUAUAUAUUAGAAUAUAAAUCAAUAAGUUUAGAAAACGAAAAUGAGGAAAUUGGUUCAGAUUUUUUCUCUCCUUAUUAUCCUUUUUAAGAUAGAUAUGGGUGGGGUUGA